UUCUCCAGCUGCUUUCAAGCUCAAGUGGCAGUGAUGGAAACCAUGGGUUUUAAAACCCACAUAUCUAAUUUACUUUUUCUACAUCUAGUUUACUGUCUCUAGCUUUACUAUGUCUGGUUUUACUAUGUUUAUUGCACUCAGAAUCUAUCAGUCUAUUGGAGUUCAUGGCUCACAUCACUAUAAAUAUUGGAAGUAGUUGAUUGGGUGAACAGUGCAAAUAAGAACAAAGACCAGAGGUUCAUACUCCAUACUCUAUUGUUUACUGCCCUCUAUCCGCUAAACAUGACUGAUGGAGCUCACUACAAUGAGACUACACCAGGGACCACAAGAACACCGAAGUUGAGUUAGUUCAGACUACACCAGGGACUAAAAAACACAGAAGUUGAGUUAGUUUGUGACUUGAAUUUCUGUUGUUUUGAAUGUGUCUUAACCUUAGAUGUAUUCCGUUGUAGCCCUUUACAGUAUAGGAAAAGGUUACAUCUGUCUUCAGCAAAGACAGUAAGACCUUAAGUGGCGAAGGUGAGGACAGUAAGGGGAGGUAAUGUGGGGAUGGGCAGGAGAAGAGAUGAGUGAGAGGUGAAAGGACAUUACUGACUGCAGGCAGACCGGCAGCAGACAGAUGGCCCCGUGCUGGAGUGCUAUUUAGUCUGCGCGCCGCACACAUUCCCCAGGGGAGCGGUUCCUUUAACUCCCCAGUCAGACAUUUUCAUGCAGAGAUGCAGACGCUGAAGGAGUCCAGUGCUUCUGGAGCCAGAGUCUACAGACAACGCCUGGAGCUUACAAGUGAUGUCGCCCUCAGAGAAGUGGUCACUCUCUCUGCUUGUCAUGCUGCUGGCCAGUGUUUCGCACGAGCUUGACGACAACAAGAUCCCCAGCCUGUGUUCUGGUAGUCCAGGUAUCCCAGGAUCCCCCGGGAUGCACGGCAGCCCCGGUGUGCCAGGGAGGGAUGGCAGAGACGGGCGUGAUGCCCAAGCCGGGGCACCAGGGGAGAAAGGAGACAGGGGGGAACCAGGUCAGACUGGUUCCAGGGGCCUCACUGGGGACCAUGGUGACCCGGGGCCCAAAGGCGAUCAGGGAAAAGAUGGGGAGUGUGCUGUGGCCCCUAAGUCCGCCUUCAGCGCCAAGCUGUCAGACGCCAAGGCGGUACCGGUCGCAGGGAGUGACGCCAUACGAUUCGAUCGGAUCGUGCUAAACGAGCAGGGCGACUACAACGCCGAGACGGGCGUGUUCACCUGCCGAGUCCCGGGAGUGUACUACUUCACCGUCCACGCCACGGUCUACCGCGCCAGCCUGCAGUUCGACCUGAUGAAGAACGGCUUCGCGCUGGCCUCCUAUUUUCAGUUCUUUGGGAACUGGUCCAAACCGGCGUCGCUGUCGGGGGGAACGCUGACGCACCUGAUUCCUGGCGAUAAAGUCUGGGUUCAGAUGGCCCUGGGAGAAUACAACGGCUUCUAUUCCAGUCCCAAAACAGACAGCACCUUCACAGGCUUCUUGGUGUACUCAGACUGGAAAAACUCGGCUGUGUUUGCAUAGCUUAUUAGCUGACAAUUAUGCAUUAUUGUGUCAGUUUAUGUUAUAGCCUAUACUUUGGCACUGAGUGUGAUCAUACAUCUUUGGGUUCUGUUUCAAAGGUACUUGAAAGGCACAAACCAUGAGACUGCAGAAAGCAAAGUAAGGUCAGAAUAAACAUUAUCUGGAGAUAACUCGAGUGAGUUAAUCACUCAACAGCUUUUCAAUUUAAUCAAUGAAAUGCUUUGAUUGCCAUUAUCUUUGUACUGUACAGCUUUUUGUUUACAUCAAGGCCAAAACAUACAGUUCAGUGCUGGGCCAUGGUCAUGUUUGAACACUUUUAUUCACACUUCCUGUUAUGUUCAUGCAGAAAGACAUGUUGAGAGGAUCACUGGUGGUCAGUUAGACAUGCAGGCUGAAGUUGGCUUGGUUCCAUCCCACUCUACAGUUAUGCAAGAAGAGACACUGAAAUACUGCUCUGUUUGGCUGCACUCUUGAAAUCGAUCCAAUAAAGCAGUGUUACUCAUUGCGCGGCUCGCAAGCCACAUGCGGCUCAUCAAGCUAUAAUUGGUGGCUCGCAGAUUUCGCCAAAUUUGGUUUUACUCAUUUUGAGUAGGCCUAAACUGUUCGCCAAAGGCCAUCAUCUCUGGCCCCAGCUUGAUAAAAACAAAAGUAGGCUCUGAUUUAGCCUAGUCUACAGUAUGACUUCAACGAGGUGAUCU